AUGCAGAAGUACAAGGUUCAGGAAGUCUAUAAGAAAUUGAGAGGAGAUCACAAUGUGAUUCAUUGGGACAAGCUUGUUUGGAACAGAUUGUCUGUUCCAAAACACAGAGUAAUUAGCUGGCUGGUGAUGCAUGGUAGACUUAGAACAAAUGAUGUUCUAGUCAAGAUAGGAGUGGUGGAUUCAAAUCAGUGCAGAUUAUGUGAGAUUGGAGUUGAAUCACAUGAUCACUUAUUUUUCCAAUGUGAAUAUUCAAUAAAAUGCUUGGAAAUGGUGAAGAGUUGGCUGAAGGUUUCUGCUGUUCAUAACACAUAUCAGAGGCAGAUGAAUUACAUUCAAAGAAGCAGAAGAUCAGGGGUCCAAAAGAAGUUCAUGGCUGCUGUCUUCAGUGGUUUGGUGUAUCACAUUUGGUGGGUAAGAAAUGAGGCUAUAUGGAAUCAGGUUGUCUGCAGACCUGAAGCUGUAUUCAAGAGAUUGAAGCAGAUUAUUCAGCAAAGAAUCAAAAUGGUUCACUCAAAGAAGCUUAGUAUUAGGGAUCAAAGAUGGAUUAAUAGCAAGUUGGAAAUUGUAUAG